AUGUUGCGAUCAGUCCUUCUUACCGCGACGGCUUUGCUGUCCAGUGUGACGCAUGGCGCACUCACCUACAAGGGAGCCGAUAUUAGCUCCCUCAUCAUGUUGGAAAAUCAGGGCAAGAUAUUCAAGACAACCGCUGGAGCCACCGAACCUCUUGAGACCAUUCUCAAGCAGUCCGGAGCCAAUUCGAUCCGUCAAAGAGUAUGGGUCAACCCCUCGGACGGUAAUUACAACCUCGACUACAACGUCAAGUUGUCCAAGCGUGUCGCCAAUGCAGGCAUGAGUGUGUAUUUGGACUUCCAUUAUUCCGACACUUGGGCCGAUCCUUCGCACCAGACCACACCUGCCGCUUGGGACGACAGCACCAUCGGCAACCUCAAAUACACAGUCUACAACUACACUCUGGCAGUGUGCAACCGCUACGCAGCAGAAGGCAUCAAUCCAGCCAUCGUGUCAAUUGGAAACGAGAUCAGAGCUGGUCUGCUGUGGCCUCUUGGAGGUACCAGCUCUUACUACAAUAUCGCUGAUCUCCUUCACUCGGCCUCCUCUGCUAUCAAGGACUCCAAGCUCUCGACGAAGCCGAAGAUCAUGAUCCACCUCGACAAUGGCUGGGACUCGGGUACUCAGCUCUGGUGGUACAAAACCAUCCUUGGGCAGGGACCUUUGAAAACAACUGAUUUUGAUAUGAUGGGUGUCAGCUACUACCCCUUCUACAAUGACCAGGCCUUCCUGGGUAGUUUGCAAUACUCGCUUGAGCAGCUCGCUGCAACAUACAGCAAACAGCUCGUUGUUGCCGAGACCAACUGGCCAGCCAAGUGCAGCAAGCCCGCAUACAAGUUCCCUUCGGAUGCCACCUACAUUCCCUUCUCGGCAGCCGGACAGGAAGAGUGGAUUGAAGCUGUUGGAAAAAUCGUUGCUGGUGUCAAGGGUGGAGCUGGUCUUUACUACUGGGAACCUGCUUUCUUGGGUAACGGUGCUCUUGGAUCAAGUUGUGAGGACAACUUGCUGGUUGACAGCACUGGCAAAGCGAGAGUCGGACUUUCUGCCUUCAAAAACAUUUAA